AUGAAUAAAAAUAAAUAUUUAAUGCAGUCAACUACAAUCAUUAAUUUAAAGAGUAUAGAUUUCUAAUCCAAAUUAGUAUACAUUUAAAAUUAAUUAAAAUAGUAUGUAAUUACAAUAUAACAAUUAAGCAAAGAAUCUUUACAAUAAUGGAAAUAAUAUUAAAAAGAUGUGACCGAGUAAGAGGUAAAAAUGCUUAAUUAAGAAUUAGAAAUUAAUAAAAACUCUAAAAAUAAGCAUUAAUUUAGGCAAAUUUGUUUUCUAAAUAAUUCAAUAUAUUUUUAUUAUUUGAUUUAACAAUACAAAGAUGCAAAAUUAAGAUAAACAAAAAAAAUUUAAGGAUAAUUAUUUGCUGAUAUUUUGGAUUCAAUUUAAGAUUUAACUUAAAAUAAGUAUGCUUCAGACAAAAAUUAUGAUAUAAAAAUUUAGAAUGAAUAAAAAAAGAAAAAAAAAGGGAGAAAACCUAAAACGUUGAAAAGCCUAGUUAAGCUGAUAAAUAAAAAGAAUUAUCAUAGAAAUUAGAGAAAGAACAUAUUAAAUUAAAAUAAAAAAUAAAAAGGAUGA